AAGCGCUUCUAGAGCGUCAUCACAAAAUCACAGUUCUUUUUAAAUAUGACCACUAGUACAACACCAUGGCACAAGACACAUCGUUAUAUAGUUAUUUCAGUUAUUCUUGAACGGUAGGUAGGUACCAUAUUUGAAAGGAAGGGCAAGAAGUACUGAAACUAUCAAGUCGCAUAAGAACUCGAAAUCAAGUCACGCAAUACAACAUAGAACACGCCACCUGAAGCAGAAUAAGAACAAAUGAAAAUGCAGGCCGCCACUCAAAAAGCUUUACCUUUGGCAAUUCGUCACGUGAAUGCAACGGAUACAAACACACCGCAAAAGUCAAACUACUAUCCAUCCCCCGCAAAAACCACCACGAUACACAACAUGACAACAGCUGACACUUCUCCCGUGGAGUCUUCGUCGCAGACUUGCCCCCGGCAAGUGCUGCUCCACGAAAACGCUCAGCAGCUCAACAACCACGCCGCUAACUUUAUGGAAGUGGGCAAGCUCGACGAGGCCAUCGAUGCGCUUGCUUUGCUUCUGGAGUCGCUGCGGGAUUUCGAAGCCGAGCCCGCUGGCGAUGAAACAUCUCGUGUCUACUGUCUCGACGAGUGCAUCAAACAACCACUGGAAACGGGACACACAACUCCAAUUGCGUCAAUCCUUCGCCUAAAUCGCCACCGCAAUGACCCCCCGGAUCGAAAGCGGCCCAGAGGGUUCAAUUUCAUUGAUCGCGCUCUCCCUUGCAUCGACAUCCACUAUCGGCCCAUCCGCGUCAUAACGGGGGGACAGUCCAUGGGGGGCAACUUCCACGCGAUUGUCACCUAUAACACCGCCCUCGCGUUUCACCUAAGGGCGAGUUUUAUGACCACCACCAUUGCGAAGUACGAGGUGUCCACCCAGAGGCAGCUACAGCGACUGCAACAACUCGAGCUGAGGCGGGCCCUAGCGCUCUACGAACUGGCAUACGAAAUCCAACGCGACCAGAACACACGGGGGCCUGCUUCCAUGGUACAGACCAACGCAGACGAAAGCAAAGGCAGUGUUUAUUUCCAAUCGAUCCUCCUCAACAAUGUCGGCCACAUACAUCUUUUGAUGAACAAUCCCGUGAACUACAAGCGGUGUGUCGAGAAAUCGAUAUCGAUCGAGGCGACGAAGCUGGUCCGGGCAGAGACAGAAAACGAUUACGGGGAMMAAAAAAAAAACAAUGAUUCCUUUCUCCGCAAGAGAUCAAGCCCGGCCACUGUGUCCUUCGAUGAAGAAAGAAACAGCAGCACAAUAGCGAUGUAACCAACAGAAGAAUCAAACAAAACAUAACUCAGUAUCAAUCAUAAAACACAUCCACUACAACAGGUGCAGUAACCUACCGUACGGUACGGUACUGGAAGCAUUCAUUAAAAAGAAGAACGCAGAAGAGGACAUUUCAGAUGAGGAUGAUUCACACUCGAAACCCGAGAAAAAGGAAAAUUGAUGUAACAAAUUUCGUAAGUACGUACGAGUACUACUAGUACCGUACUUGUAUCCUUCUUUUUCGCUCUUUCUUCUCUACCAUCUACCUUUUGUCAACGUUUGGUUGCCUUUGGCUGUGACACGAGAGCACGCUCGGUCAUUUACGGUAUCGAUAAGUACUCAUAGGCUUACUGAAGCUGUAGUGAUGCAGUUCUUGCUUUCUUUACGAGACCUACGGUACGGUAGCUAAGCCCUCAGACAGUACGAUUACUACAGUACACAAAAUGGGACAAUAGUAGGGGCGAUUACACGACGUACUGUUCGGUGUAAAAGUAGACUAUGGUACAACAAGUACAGUACAAACAGGUAGGCGAAAAAUUUAAUUAGGUCAUUUUAUCACCCUC